AUGCGUGCCGAAACAAAUGUCGCGGUCGAGUUAUCAUCCCGAGAUCAUCUAGACCCUCUCCCGCGCCUGUCGGAGCCCAGUCCCAGCAGAUCGUUUGUGAAGUGGCGGCUAUUGAAGUGGAUGCUGAAGGCGUUGUGGAGUAAACGCCUUCAUGGUCUGUGUUCGACCAAAAAAUCCACCUUUGAAGUCAGCUUCGCCAUCCACAAUCAGAGCGCCGACCAUACGUACCAGUACAGUGCCGAUGGCCGCCGGGUCUACUCUGCUGUCAACAAUGUGGCUCCCCGCAAGCACGCUCGCUUGGAGCCGGACGACGAACCCGAAGAGUAUGCGGAUUGGGUUGAUGUUCCAGACAGUGACACCACCCAGUUCGCUGCGGUGGCCAGCACGCUGACGUCGGACGAGGGAUACUUUCACCAGAUUCAGGAGGGAGAGGCAAGGGGCGACAAACGCGCCAGAUACAUCAGCUCAGAUAAUCCGAUGCAACUGUGGCGCGAAGUAAUGCCCGAUUUCCUGGACGCGAUGAUAUGUCAAGAUGGCCUGGGGAUGUCUCCCUCGUGCGGCACUUGCGGUCUGUCAGCUGCUUCGGGACGCCUGUUCCGUUGCCAGGAUUGCGACCACUCUGUGCAAUGCGAGGAGUGUUUACGGGCUCACCAGCGGACGCCGUUACACUGCAUACAGGAGUGGACGGGGGAGUUUUGGGUUUCCGCAGCGCUGCAUCGUCUUCACAUUAACGAUACAUCCCCGCAAAGCUUGCGCGAGACAUACCAAUUGGGCCACCACGGUGGCGCAUGUCCUCUGCCCGCAACCGUUGAUACACGCACGAUGGUGGUUUUGGACGUCGGUGGAAUAUUCACGCUCGACGUUUGCUUCUGUGGCUGCUCAAACAGUUUGCAAAACAAUCACAUCGCCCAACUUAUGGGGAACCACUGGUAUCCGGCGACAACGCUGGAGCCUGGGACCUGCGCAACGUGGCGUGUGCUCGAGCUCUUUCGCCAGCUCAACGUUGUCGGCAACAUCAACGCCCACGACUUCGUGCGCUCGCUGGAAAAGCUGAACGACCCAACAAUGAUGAAUCAGACGCCGGAUCGAUACGUGGCAUUCGGUAGAAUGGCGCGUCAGUAUCAAUUUUUGAAAAGGGCCAAGCGGAGUGGUCUGGCCCACGUCGAGGAGGGCUUCAAGAAUGUCGAAGCGGGCAAGCUGGCAGUGCCCUGUUGGGCGUGCCCCAAACCGGGCUUUAAUCUGCCUGACGGCUGGGACAAGUGCAGCGAAGAUGACAGAUUCUUAUACUCGUUGCUACUGGCUCUGGACGCCAACUUUCGCCUGAAGAAUCGGCUUCGGACGAACGAGAAACAGGACGCUUCUCUCGGGCCAGGCUGGGGCUAUUUUGUGGAGGGGAAUGCUUAUAAGGAGCAUUUGCGAGACUACGUCGCAGAGGAAGAUGUCAGCACUUGUAUCGCCUUUGCGGCUCUUAUGCAGAAGGAGACAAGGCUGACAACGGGCCUACGAAUCUCUGGGGUGGGCGGCUGCGUUUGUGCUCGCCACGGGGUGGUGCGAGCGCAAGGGAUGGGUGAUUUGCAAAAGGGAGAGCGCUACGCCAAUAUGGAUUAUAUAUUCCUUCACGCGCUGGGAGACACAAGGGUGAAGCGUCUGGUCCUAUCCUACGACAUCGCUUGUCAAUGGAAGCAAAGACUGCGCGAGCGGGCUCUGACGAUCCUGAGCAACGCUCAGGUUGUUUGCCCAACCACCGGCCUCACUGUGGAUAAAGUCCCCAACCUCACUGACUACGAAAUCAAAUUCGCUGCCGGUUUGGCAUGCGGCCGCACGCAAACGGGUUGUCAGGCCACCCACUCUUUGAGCUAUGCGUGGGGCGUGGGGCGGACGGACGGGGAAGGAAUAGAGCGUACUUGGGCGCUAUUAAACCCAAUCGGAUUCUCGACGAAGGAGAUGGGCGAGGGCAACCGACUGGACACAAUUGAGGACCGUAUCGAUCAUCUUAAUUUCGAAAAGAAUGUCCGCCAGGGCGAUGUUCUUGCGCGAAAGCUUAUCAUCGCUGUGGCCGAACGAGAUACGCAGAUAAAGCAGUUUAAACGAGUGGACGACAGCCUCGAACCGGGAGUUCGUAAGGAUUGGCAGAAAAUGGUGGAGAAUUGGCUUGUCGACAAUACUCAGCCCAACCCAUACCUGAUCGGGGCCAAUGGCGACGGUCCGUCAGAGGCCAAAGUUGCGGCUCAGCUGAAGGCUGCUGAAGUCGCAGAGGCAAGGGAGCAACGAGGGGAGUUUGUUGACGGCAAGAUUACCGCCGCGGCCUUCGUCAAAGGCUUGCUACAUCUGGAGGACCUGAAAAUGAGAUACGCGUUGGCGGCGUCUCUGCCCGAACGAGCAAGCCAGAUCGAGGAAUUGAGAGUCUCCUUCUUCAAAAAGCUGCACGCAAUCCAGCAGCAGCAAGAAAUUUACAUGUCUGGCGUCGGUGGCCUUCGAAGGUUAGACGAGGAACGACGAGAUACGGACCAGCCGCCCCAGAAGGCAGAGGAUGUCAAACUCUGGCUUCCAUCGGAGUUGGGGGAUCGGCAAAAAUGGGCCUGCAGGAAGGGGUUGUUCGAACUAGAGGCCAAAUUACGACAGGCGCAGUGUGGCGACGCCUUGACAAAAGUUCGAAGCCUGCUGUAUGCCAAGACGCACUUGAUCUUCCAUCGAAACGCUGCCUCAGUGGGCCAAAACUCGACAACUCGGUCUGCAACGUUAAUCGGCCGUAUGGUGGAGAAGAUAACUAGGGAGGCGACCAAAUAUCGGCAAGCAUGGGUAGCCCUUCGACGACUGAAGGGCGAUGACUUCGCUCCCGAGUAUCGGAAACUGGAGGAUAGCGAUCUGAAUGUCGGCUGGGGUCGGCCCGGCCUGCCCGAAAUGAGCCGACGGCCGCGCAGGCCGGGCCUGUCUCUUGGAUUUGGUUCAUGGAGGGAGGGGGAUGAAGAAGUCCGGAUUCAUGACGCGGUUCGUGUGCAAUGGGCCAAGGCACGGGCGCGCCGUGACCGAUGGACCGAAGAAGUGUUGUUGAUUAGGGAGGAAAUGCGGAGGGUUUUGAGAAGCCUGUGGUCAAUCCAGCAGCAGUGGCUGGAACGCGAGACGUCUCGUCCCAAUGCCCGGCCGGGCGUUGCAAGAGGGCCUUGUGGCCUAUGCUAA